AUGUUGAGAUAUCCUCCUCCCUCAGACCAUUGCCGGCUCUGUGUAAAAAGCUGCAAUGAUUAUCAGCGCAGCCUCUAUGAUGAGACGGGUCAAGCUAACGCAAAUCAUAAUCUUGUGGGCAAAUAUGUUACCAACGCAAUGUUGAAUAUGGAAUGGGAGAAGCGACUUCAAUACAUCUGUGGAAAAUGUUGGCAGCAUAUCUGGGAGUUCCAUCAAUUCCAGGAGUCCAUUAUUAAGGCGCAAAAGGGCCAACACUUGAAUAAGCAAGCGGCAAAAGAAGCUGGGGAUAUUGUUAAGGUUAAAUCGGAGAUGAAUAUAAAGGAUGAACAACUGGAGUGGCAGAAUGCCCAGGAAAUUAGCGCUAGCAUUGAAGAUUUAACGAAACCUGCAGCCCUCAGCUAUGAUAUAAAAACUGAAGAGCCUUUGCAUCUCAACAGUGAUUAUGAAGACACUAUGACGCCUCAAGGCCUGGAGCAGUUAACGGAUGAAGAGAUGUCUCUGGUGUCCCACAUGUCCAAUAGAACAGACAAAGAAUCCAAUGAAGAAUGUAUGCCCUCAGCGUCUUUGGGCCAGACCAACCUUAAGUUUUCAUAUAAAACAUUUCCUGCAGCUAAAAAGUCUGUAGAGGAGUUUGAUCAGCUGGUAGCUUUGUGGCGUUCCUCUUUGGAAUGUGAAAUUUGCCAUCAGCUGGUGGUCAGCUAUUCUCAGUUGAAAGAACAUUUUAGCAAAAACCAUGCUUUAGAAGGUUGCUACCUAAUGUGUUGCCAACUGAGGCUGGAUAGUCGCUACGAUAUUGAGCAACACGUACACUAUCAUAAUGCCCCGCAGCAGCUUAAAUGUGAGGUGUGUUGCAAGGUUUACCGAUUGGAGUCAUAUUUGAAAAUUCACAUUAGGAAAUUCCACACCAGCAAGGGAGGAGCUAAAAAUGCUAAUGGCAACAAGAAGUUGGAAGCGAAAUAUCGUUGCAGCAAGUGUUUAAAGGGCUUUGCAACCAAAACACGCUUAAACAAACACAAUUGUGAUGUCCAUAAACCCAAGAUUUUUGAAUGUAACAUUUGUGAAAAAUCCUGUUCGCAUCCCAAUGCACUGCGAGAGCAUUUGGCUUCACACACAAGGAACAAGACGCACGCCUGCUCCAUUUGCCAAGAGACAUUUACCAGCCGAGCUUAUUACCGUAGGCAUAUGAGAAAAUAUCAUCUCCAGGAAUGGAAUAAGAUACAAAAUAAAACAGCCCAAGAAGAGACUCUGGAUGGAUACGAAGAAUCUUUAGCGAAGCGGGCGUCCAGAAUUUCUGAAACCGUGCAGCCGAAGACAACUGCUGUAACCAACACAACGCCAGCUGGUGAUGCCUUUAAUAUGCUGGGCAACGAAGCAAAAGAAGAAGAAAAAUAUUCCUUGAUGAAGAAGAUGGAGGAAAGAGAGUUGAAAGAUGAGAAUUCUACAGGGAUUUAUGCCAGCACCGAAGAAUUUUCAGCUGAUGCAAAUACCUUGGGAAUUGAAAUGGAUGAAGAUGACUUGCCACCAGUAUCUGAAGAUGCCACAUGCAAAAGUGAAGAAUUCAUAACAUCCGAAGAAGAAUUUAUUGAGCUAUAA